UUGCGCGGGCACUGGCACAGCGUAACCGAUCCCAGCUGCUGCCGUUGGGGAAUGAGAGCUAUUCCAGUCCCCUGUGGCUUGGUCACGUGUCCUUAGGGAGCGUUUGGUUUGGGGACCACGGCAGGAGGAGAGGGAGCGCACCCUUGCGCGCAACUGAGUUGGAAAGCAACAUCCUCCAGGAGCGUUAAUGAUCCGGCGGCAGAUCAAGCAGAUCAGUUGUAUUUAGGGGCGUUGUCAAAACACAAUCUUGUAAUAGCCGUUCUGAUGUUUGAGUGUGACCCACAACUCCCUGCCUCAUCUAAACUUCUCUGACGAACUGUGAUCCUCCCAGCGAGCGCCUCGCUCCUGCCAGCUCCCGCUACAAGUCGACAUCCAGAGCUGUCACGGCGAACGGAGGAAGCAACUUAACAGAUAAGAAGAAACUCUGGGUGCAACACCAGAGACAGGAAAACUGGGAAAGUGAAGAACUAACUGCAGUUUAAAGAAUUAAAGGACAAGACCUGAAUCUACAGCGACGCAGGAGGUAACUGACCAGCUUCCGUGGGAUUUGAUGUCACCUUUAGAUUGGUUUAACUGAAGAUGGAAACACUGGAGUCUGAGCUGACGUGCCCAAUCUGUCUGGAGUUGUUUGAAGAUCCCCUGCUCUUGCCCUGUGCCCACAGCCUGUGCUUCAACUGUGCUCACCGCAUUCUGGUGUCUCACUGCUCCACCAGUAAACCCCUUGAGUCAAUCUCCGCCUUUCAGUGCCCCACCUGUCGUUACGUCAUCACGCUGAAUCACCGGGGCCUGGAGGGCCUUAAGCGCAAUGUGACGCUGCAGAACAUCAUUGACCGCUUUCAGAAGGCCUCCCUUAGCGGCCCUAAUUCCCCCACUGAGAGCCGGCGCCUGCAGCCGCAGCGGCCCUACACCGCCACCAUUAGCGGUACAUUAGCUGGAACGAUUGGCGGCGGUGGGACAAGUGGAGGAAGUGCUCGUGGCAGCCCAGCCACUUCCAGCCACUCCCACCAGCACGCCAACCACAUUAACCACGCCAACCACUCCAACCAUACCAACCACACCAACGCAAACCACAGCCCAGCUGUUGUUGCAAAAAUGGAUCCACGUAUCAGCUGCCAGUUCUGUGAGCAGGAUCCACCACGGGAGGCUGUCAAGACAUGUGUUACAUGUGAGGUAUCAUACUGUGACCGCUGCCUGCGUGCAACACACCCUAACAAGAAGCCCUUUACCAGCCAUCGCCUGGUGGAGCCCGUACCAGACACUCACAUCCGUGGACUGACCUGCCUGGAGCAUGAAAAUGAGAAGGUCAACAUGUACUGCUUGGUGGACGACCAGCUCAUCUGUGCCCUCUGCAAGCUGGUGGGCCGCCACAGGGAGCACCAGGUGUCCUCACUUACUGAACGCUUUGACAAGCUCAAGGCUUAUCAGGUGAGCCCGGGCAGAGUGUCAGAUGCUGUAAUGGAGGCUUCAAAGACAAGCGCUGCGCAAACACUGGAGAACAACCUGACCAACCUGGUGAAGAGGAACAGUGAACUGGAGAACCAAAUGGCCAAGCUCAUCCAGAUCUGUCAACAGGUUGAGGUAAACACAGCCAUGCAUGAAGCUAAGCUGGUGGAGGAGUGUGAUGAGUUGGUCGAAAUCAUCCGCCAGAGAAAACAGGUCAUCGCUGUGAAGAUCAAAGAGUCCAAGGUGAUGAAACUCCGUAAGUUGGCUCAACAGAUUGCAAACUGUCGCCAGUGUCUGGAGCGCUCCAGUGCACUCAUCACACAGGCUGAACAGAGCCUGAAGGAGAACGACCACGCCCGCUUCCUCCAGUCUGCCAGAAAUGUGGCAGAGAGGGUUGCCAUGGCAACGGCCUCCUCCCAGGUACUGAUUCCUGACGUUAACUUGAAUGAGGCAUUCGACAACUUUGCUCUUGACUUCUCUCGGGAGAAGAAAAUUCUUGAGGGGCUAGAUUACCUUACAGCCCCCAACCCACCAUCCAUCAGAGACGAGCUGUGCACCGCCUCCCACGACACUAUCACUGUUCACUGGACGUCAGAGGACGAGUUCAGUGUCACCUCCUAUGAGCUGCAGUACACCAUCUACACUGGCCAGACAAAUUUCAUAAGUUUGUACAACUCUGCAGACAGCUGGAUGAUCGUCCCAAACAUCAAGCAGAACCACUACACCGUCCACGGCUUACAGAGCGGGACCCGUUAUAUCUUUUUCGUCAAGGCUAUCAACCAAGCAGGAAGCCGCAACAGUGAGCCCGCUCGCCUCAAAACAAACAGUCAGCCCUUCAAGUUAGACCCAAAGACAGCCCACAAGAAGCUUCGUUUGUCCAACGACUGUCUGACCAUGGAGAAAGACGAGAGUUCACUGAAGAAAAGCCACACCCCCGAGCGUUUCAGCGGCACAGGCUCCUAUGGAGCUGCUGGUAAUGUCUUCAUUGACAGUGGGUGUCACUACUGGGAGGUGCUGCUGGGAGCAUCCACGUGGUAUGCCAUUGGCGUAGCUUACAAAUCAGCCCCCAAAAACGAAUGGAGUGGCAAGAACUCGUCCUCAUGGGUGUUCUCACGCUGCAACAACAACUUCAUGGUGCGGCAUGAUGGCAAGGAGAUGCUGGUGGAGGCAAGCCUGCAGCUGCGGCGGCUGGGUGUGCUGCUGGACUACGACAACAAUUCACUGUCCUUUUACGAUGCCAUGAAUUCCCAGCACAUUCACACCUUUGAAAUCUCCUUCCUCUUGCCUGUUGUACCCACUUUCAUGAUCUGGAACAAGUCAGUCAUGAUUCUCUCAGGGCUGCCUGUCCCAGAUUUUGUUGACGGGGUGGCCUCAGAUCUUCAAGAGCAGCAACAGCAGCAAAUGGGCCUGUGCCGGCAAGAUUCGCCAUACUUGACGGGAAUGAAAACUUGCCACUGACUGGUCCGUUGACCAAGAUGUUUGAUGAUUGGGAGCUGACAGUGUGACUGAGUUCUGCUCUAAGGCUCAGAAGUGAACAAGUUGCAGUCUUUGACAGUGUUGGAAACAUGCACACCAGUCUGGAAAGACAUUAGUCCUGUUAGUAUGUUGCCAUUUUAUGUUUUGCAAAUCCAUUAGCAUAUGGGAACUUGACUAAAAACCGUUUAUGUAAAAUUAAUGGGAAGCCCUGGAGUCACUGGUAAAAAGAGCUUUUGUCAGUCAUCGAGCUGGUUUUCAGGACCAUUUGAGGUCUUCAUUUUUAUUUUAUUAUUCUUUUGACUUGAUCCCUUGGCAGAAGACCAAAGAGAGAAUCUUCAUCAGCUAUUUAAAGUGUGAAGUUGCAUCAUAUGGACAGUGAAAUCAGAUCUGUUUCUAAUGUUUUAAAAAUAAAAAGGCCACAUUAAUAUACAGAGGAGAAUUUGACUAAGCAUAACUGCAAACAUUUUAAUCUGAUAUUAAAUAUAAACAUUUCUCUCAUUAGGUUUAGAGACAAUUUGAGUAAACAGAAUGAAACAAAGACCAAACAAAAUUAAUCAGUAAGAUAGAAUAUCAUGUGAUUAAUAUAGGUAACAGAAGAUACCAUUCACAUCUCUUUACCAAGUCCAGCUACUGUCAUUACCGUGGCAAGAUAACUGGAACAACAUAACUAAAAACCAGAAACUAAAAGGUUUUUAUGUUUUAAAUGGUAAACUUUUGACAUGCUACAAUUGUUAGACUAGACGGGAGAACAAAUGCAAACAAAUCUUCACAGGUAAAGUGCAGCCUCCAGCAAACAGGCAUAUACUUGCAGUCUUACAUUAAAAAUCACAUAAAGCCUUUAUUUCCGCUGGUCUUAUUAGUAACAAAACUAACUAUAGCAUUUUAGCCCUUGAGUUUGCUUUAAGCAAUGUGGUUUGUAAUUCCUGCAUAUUUUCCUCUCAAGACAGAGAGAUUUUUUCUCCCUUGUUUAUGCAUUGCAAACAGAACAUGUACAAACACCAACCCAGUUAUCAAGGAAGUUUAAGUGAACUGUUAAUAACUGUCAAUUUGACAAGUUGUGGACUAGCUGAAUAUUUUAGAUGCAUAAUCUUGUAUAUUUCUUUUACUUCAGCUCAAUACAUGCAUGUCAUACUAAAGUAACAAACACUGUCAAAAUACUUCUUUCAGGUUCUUCUUUGCAAAAUAACAAACACUUUAGGCAAUUACAAUGACCUUGAGUGGUAUUGUCAAAAAGAAAUGUUGUUUGAGUCCUUUUUACUGUGUUCAUUAUACCAUCUAAUAAUGUAGACUUUUUUAGAUGCUGGUAGUGGACCUUUAAUAUUCUGUUGCCACUGUUCAUGUGAUGUGCCUUUAGUAGCUGUAAGUGAUCGUUCCUGAAGUCUUCUCCUUGAUCUUCCUCCUAGAUUUGACCCAACAGUUCUGUUUGUAUUGGUGGGUCACAGUUCCAGGAACUUCAUAGUUCCAGGAAGUAUUAACAUUGCUCCUGAAUAUUGUAAAAACAUCACAAGGGGCAGAUUUGCAUCAUAUGACUACUCAACUUGUAUAAUAAGAGAUUUAUUGAAUACAAGAGAGGAAGAAAAGUGUUAUUUAUGGAAAAGAAGAUGGUUUACUUCUAUUAUUAACUGCACCAUAUUCAUGAUGCACUUUUUAAUGAAACCCUAUUUGCCCUCUCUGCGUAGUGAAAUAGGUGGAGCAAAGUGCAGGGUUGUAAUGGGGAGGGUAAGUCACUCUAAAAGUCUUCUACUGGUUAUGUUAUCUCAUUCUGUUUUCCUGCUUAUAUUUACAAAAUAAUUUCUGAAAUUCAUUAUGGUUAUAAUUAUACCCAUAAUAAAAAAAAAUGUUGCACAACAAAACUCUGAAGGCUUUGCUGAAACCGUAUUCGGUCACUCAGAAUUUUUUUAAUUUGUUUUAAAUGCCACCAAAGACUUGCCCUCCCUAUUAGAUUUUUCAGUGGUAUUCAGUGAAAUUACCUUUUUUGGAAAAGGGAUGUAAUGAUAUAAUGAUAAACUAAAAAAGAAAUGUACCCUAUUGAUGACUUUUCAGGGACAAAGAAGGUAAACACUUAAAUUUGCUGUCUGUUGAAAUGUCAUAGCAUGAUUGUGUUUUUCUCUGUGAUUUGUUAACACACAGAUGCACAUACACACACCAACACAUACCAUGCUCCAUUCAGGUUGUUUUUGUUGUGAUAAAUGCAUGACACAUUGUAGUUUUCCAGGAUUUACUGAAUAAUUUCUCUGUCCAUUUCACUAAAUCUCGUUUCUUCAUUCAGCUGAACAUAUCCUUACAACACAGAGCUCCCCAGCCCGUUUCAGUCCUCCAUUGCUAUUCAAAUAACUGCAGGAGUCAUUCCAUGUUUCUUUGUUUGAAUUUCAAGGUCUUAUUUGGGUGACAGUCUAUUGGGUUUGACAUUCAGGUAGCAGCUCAGAUUCAGACAAUCAAACGUGUGUUAUAUUGUAGUUUAUGCAGAUUUAAGAGAUAGUAUAGCAGGGAAAGUGGGGCUUGUAGCCAAAUGACACUGCAAGCUGAGUUUAAAGGAAAAGAUGAGGACAAAACAUUAUACUUUAGGAAUAUUUCCACCUACUUCGCUCAUCGUCAUGUGUGUACUUAAAGUCGACUAUUAUGAAACGCCACUUCUGGCAGGUAAUGAUGUCAUUGCCUUGAAAAAGCAAACAGUACAAGUACUCACUGGUGAAUCAUAUGCUGGUAUUUGUAAAAGUAAGCUUGUCUAUAUUUUUUUCGAUGAGUAACAAAAAUCCAGCAGUAAAAACACAGUAUUUGUAUGUCUCAGCUAUUCAUUAAAGGAAACCUCCUUUUUGAUGGUGUUGAUGGCUAGAAAUAAUCCACAUGUAAACGAUAACACAGUGAGAGCUCUCUUAUGAGAGCUGGGUUUUGAUUUCUGUCAUGAAGAUAAAGAAAUGUUACCUGACUUCCAGAUAUCCACAGAUCUUGCUGAAUAAUGUCAGUCUAAGGCUCAACUGUGUGUUGAUUUAUGAUCUGGACCGACAAGCUCAGCUCAUCUGUGCAUGUGUGCUUGGCUCGGUCACUGCAUGAUUAUAUGACCUUGCUGCAGGUUCAUAAAUCUUAUCUUACCAGUGAGGUUUCUUAUCAAGUUAAACAUGCUAUCUCUGUUUUAUUUUUACAAUGAAAAAAAAAACAUGACAAUAACACCCAAAAAUCUCAUUGCCAUGCAUAUCAGAUUGUUUGCAGUGCUCUUUUUUGUGUCACAAGUCAAUCCAGUAAAAUAUAUAUGGUGAAUGAUUUUAAAUAGCUUCCCACUCCUUGUAGUGCAGUGUUAAUACCUUUGAAACAAUGCAAUAGAUUUUUCUUUUUGCUUUUCUGUUUGUGUAAUUUGGGGGAUUGUUUUUUUGGGUCUUUUUCUUUUUUUCUUGUCUUUGUUUUUUUAUAUAAUUGAAGAGCGAAGCGCUCCUCUCCUCUUUGGCACUGGGACCUUGAUAAACAGCACAAAAAUAGCAGUUUUGCCUUGAAAAAAAUGUUUUCUGUUUCCAUAGAAGAGAUACUUUUAGCCAGAGAGGAACAUAAAUCAUAGGGGGAAAUAUAUAUUAUAUAAAGUUGUAUAAAUACAAAAUAUAUAUGAAACAAUGUUAUUUAUGUGAAUUUAAGUCCAAAUAAAAGUCUGAUCCCAA